CUUUUUUGCGGAGCAUCGCGACCCUCGAACAUCAGUGAUACCCAACACGUACGUUCUGUUCAGUUGAAUUCGUCCAUAAUACGAAUUAGCGCGAUGAAUGGAAUGCCCGGAGCCCCGUCGCUCUGGCAGGAGGCUCGUAACGCUGACGGAAGGGUUUAUUACUACAAUGUCCAAACGAAAGCGACACAAUGGGCCAAGCCGCUCGAGUUGAUGACGCCUGUCGAGCGCGCGUUAGCGAACCAGCCAUGGAAAGAAUACACUGCGGAGGGUGGGCGCAAAUACUGGUACAACACAGAGACCAGGCAGAGCACAUGGGAGAUGCCUGAAGUUUACAAGACUGCUCUUGCACAGGUUCAGACUCCUGCAGCGCCACCUGUAGCCGCCCCGACCUUCGUCGCCGGUGGUGCCAGCACCUAUCCCUACCCUCAACAACGCGACCGCGAUGACUACGACAGGGGUCCUGCUGACCGACGCGGUACUUAUGGUAUGGUAGACACAAACGGAAUGGCUGCUGCUGCCACUGCGGUAGGAACUCAACAGACAGAUCCGGAGUACGGUUCGUUUGAAGAAGCCGAAAGCGCCUUCAUGAAGUUACUGCGACGUAACAACGUGCAGCCCGAUUGGACCUGGGAGCAGGCGAUGCGCGCAACGAUCAAAGACCCACAGUACCGGGCGCUGAAAGAUCCCAGGGACCGCAAGGCUGCAUUCGAGAAAUAUGUGGUCGAGGUUCGCGCUCAGGAAAAGGAUAGAGCGAAAGAGAGGUUUGCUAAGCUCCGAGCGGACUUCAAUACGAUGCUGAAGAGUCACCCGGAGAUCAAGCACUAUUCGCGAUGGAAGACCAUCCGGCCCAUCAUCGAAGGUGAGACCAUCUUCCGGUCGACUAACGAUGAAAACGAGAGACGCCAGCUCUUUGAAGAGUACAUUGUCGAGCUCAGGAAAGCCCAUAUGGAGCAAGAGGCAGUGACUCGUAAGGCCGCAAUGGACGAAUUAGUCGCCAUCCUGAAAGCUCUGAACCUGGAACCUUAUACCAGGUGGGCUGAAGCGCAAGAGAUGAUUCAGUCAAAUGAAAGGAUCCAAAACGAUGAUAAGUUCAAGACCCUGAGCAAAUCAGACAUUCUGACAGCUUUCGAGAACCAUAUCAAGGCCCUUGAACGCGCAUUCAAUGACGCGCGUCAGCAGCAAAAAGCGGCCAAGGCACGAAGAGAGCGCCAUAACCGUGAAAGAUUCAUCGAACUCCUGCAAGAGCUUAGAUCUCAGGGCAAGAUUAAGGCUGGUAGUAAGUGGAUGAACAUUCACCCUUUGAUUCAGGACGACCCUCGGUAUGUAGCAAUGCUGGGCCAGUCCGGAUCUAGUCCACUUGAUCUUUUCUGGGAUAUGGUGGAGGAAGAGGAACGGUCUCUACGAGGACCGCGUAAUGAUGUGCUGGAUGUUCUCGAUGACAAACGCUAUGAGGUCACUCCGAAGACUACAUUCGAAGAGUUCAAUUCCAUGAUGAGCACUGAUCGGCGUACAGCAAACAUCGAUCGAGAUAUCCUUCAGCUUAUUUUCCAGCGCAUCCAAGAGAAGGUCAUCCGACGUAGCGAGGAUGAGAAGCAUGCAGCAGACCGUCACCAGCGGCGUGCCGUCGAUGCCUUGCGUUCUCGCAUCAAACAUCUCGAACCACCUGUUCGACUCACCGAUACUUGGGAACAAGUUCGGCCAAGAGUUGAAAAGACAGAGGAAUACAAGGCCAUUGAAUCAGACGAACUUCGUCAGACUGCAUUCGACAAAGUCAUUCGCCGUCUUAAGGAAAAGGAAGAAGACGUGGAUAAGGAACGAGACCUGCGUGAUCGAGACCGUGGCGGACGGCACGAUCAUUACGAUCGUGACCACCGCAACGGUCAAUCAUAUAGAAGGGAAAGAAGAGCGGCUUCUAGCCGUCUCAGCCGUACCCCUGAGCCUGACGCGUACGAAGCUGACCGUCGGAAAGCCCAGGCGGAUCGGGAGAAAUCCUACCGGAAGACCAGUGGGCUUUCUCCCAUCCGUGACAGGCGCGAAGAUCGUGAUCGUGACCGCGAAAGGGACAGGGACCGCUACCGUGAGCGUGAGCGCGACCGAGACAGACGACCCCUUAGCCACUACGAACGAGAACGCCGCGACCGCGAAGAGGAGCGGGAGAGGCUAUACCGCACGCGCGGAGAUCCUCGUGGCAGCCGGGACGAGUUAGAUUACGGUGACUCUCGCAGCACGGUAAGUAAUAAUGACCGCCGUCGCCGUCGUGACAGUGACGCCGAAAGCGCCACAAGUCGCGGUGCCAAACGGUACAGGCGUGACAGUCGGGAAAGAGAUCGCAGCAGAGGCGCCAGGAAAGACCGCGAUCGUGCUCGCGACCGGGCGUCUGCAGAGGCGGAGGCCAAGAAGGAAGAGAAAGCAGUGCAUUCUGGAAGCGAGGAGGGAGAGAUCGAGGAAGACUAAAAGUCGUGGGCAAAAGCUGUACGAAUAGCGAAGAAGGAAUGACCAGCCAGCAGGGCCCGGUCGGAGGAUGGCUGAUAAAGUCCCUCGUAAGUGUAAACUUCUUCUGAUCUUACAUAUAAUGAUAAAUGUAGAUUUUCCCAUACCA